AUGCAAUCAGCGCCACAGGAGCUCGAAGAGUUCAGAUCGUCCGACGAUCGCCAGGAAACACUGCUCCCUCUCUCUGAAUCGGGGCCAUCCCACUCGCUGUCGAACCCGUCAAUCAAAACGACACGACGGUCAUCAACGACAUGGAGUUUGCUACCAUGGAAAAUCGAGAUCCUGAGCUGGACCGCGAGCCUUUGCUUCUUCGUCGCUAUCAUUGUUGUAUUGAAUGUCCUCAAUGGCCGUCCAUUGCCAGAACUGCGAUAUGGGAUCACCCCUAACGCAAUCAUCUCACUAUUGGCCACAUUUGCCCAGUCAUUUUUGAUCAUACCCGUGAGCUCCUCGAUCGGGCAGACCAAAUGGCUCCAAGCCCCUCGAAAGCACACAUUGAAUGAUCUUCGCAUGGUAGACGAAGCUAGCCGGGGACCAUAG